AUGUCGGUUAUUUCCUCCUUUAGACUCAAAAAUAUCCCGCCAAAGUUUCUUAUUCCUACUUUUCUCCCAGGAAGGCCAAUUAUUGGCACUUCUAAUUCCUUAGUUUUUAGGCGUUUCUUUUCAGUUCCUACACAUUUCUACCGCUUAUCAAGUGAUUUCAACAAUACUUUAAAUUUUAAUUCAAGUUUCUCUACGAUUCCUAAUCCGGCUCUGAAUUUCCAUCGAUUACCAGAAUUUUCUAAUAUUAACACUGUAAGAUUGUUUUCUACUAGGAAUAUAUCUGGCCGUUUAUUCUACAGACGUAGGCCUAAGAUGGUUCCUCGAUACAAGCCCAAGAAGCGGAGGUCUUGUUGGCUUGAAGGUGCUCCUCAGAAGAAGGGAAUUGUGGUGACUGUUAGGCUUGUGACUCCCAGGAAACCCAAUUCGGGUUUGAGGAAGGUCGCCAGGGUCAGACUCACCACUGGGAGGACAGUCACUUGUCACAUUCCUGGUCAGGGUCACAACCUUCACACUCAUUCUGUGGUUUUGGUUCGUGGUGGCCGUUGUCAGGACGUCAGUGGUUGUCACUACACUGUUGUUAGAGGCAAGUAUGACCUUCUGCCUGUCAAGAACCGUGCCUCUUCUAGGUCGAAAUACGGCGUAAAAAUGACUGAGGAGAUUAAGAAUAAAAAGGCGAUUAGGAAGCAGGAGGUUCCAAUAACUACUCAGCUCGACCGGGAAAUAUUCAAUGAGAUUAGGGCCAAUGACUGGUUUAACCUUGACGGAACUCCUUUCGAAGGUAAAAUUGGUCCAGACCAGGAUGUUCCCUUUGAUAUUUUCGCUUUUAACACUAGGUGGAGAUCCAUUUUACACAAAUCACAGUCCUAA